AUGGACAAUUAUUACGAUAACAAUCCAAGUAAAAGAAUAGAAAAAAUUAAAGCAAAAUCAAAAACAAUCAUUAGUGAUUUACCAAAAAAUAGCAUAAAAUAUGUUUUAUCAUUAUUUCCAAUUCUAUUUUGGAUAAAAAAUUAUAAUUUGAUAUGGCUUUCGGGUGACAUAGUCGCAGGGUUGACAGUUGGCUCAGUCGUAAUACCACAAGGAAUGGGAUAUGCUGUUUUAGCUUCGCUGGAACCUGAAUAUGGAUUAUAUUCAUCGUUUGUUGGUGUAUCAAUAUAUUGCUUAUUCUCCACUUCGAAGGAUAUCACUAUAGGACCAACCGCUGUAAUGUCAUUAUUGAUUGGUCAGAUAAUAACUGAAAUAGAAAAAAAUAACCCUGAUAUAUAUUCUGCUCCACAAAUUGCCAUCUCCUUGGCUUUGAUCUGUGGUUUGAUUUCUCUGGUAAUUGGUUUAUUAAGACUUGGGAUCAUUGUUGAUUUUAUCCCUGCCCCUGUUGUUGCCGGAUUUACUACUGGAUCAGCCAUAACAAUCACUAUUCCUAAAUUGUUGGGAAUAACAAAUAUUGAUAGUAAAGAAGCAGCAUAUUUGGUAUUAGGAAAAUCUUUAGGAGGGUUACCACGUGUAAAAAUAGACGCAGCAUUAGGAAUAUUUUCAUUGGUUUACUUGUACGGAUUAAAACAUGGAUCAAGAUAUUUGGCAAAACGUUAUCCAACAAAAGAGAGAUUGUUUUUCUUUAUUGAAAUAUUAAGAAACAUUACUGUGGUUAUCAUUUGUACACUUAUUGCAUUCCUAUUGAAUAUUGGUAAAGAUACAAAUCCAUUCAAAAUAUUGAAGAACGUACCAAGUGGAUUCUCUCACAUUGGACCUGCAUAUCUUGAUUUGCCAUUAAUGAGAUUGAUUGCAAACUAUUUGCCUAGUGUCACAAUAAUCAUGAUAUUAGAACAUGUCGCAAUCGCCAAAAGUUUUGGUAGAAUAAAUAAUUAUAAAAUAAAUUCAAAUCAAGAAUUAAUCGCUAUAGGGACAACUAAUAUACUUGGUUCGUUUUUUGGUUCAUAUCCUACAACUGGGUCGUUUUCUAGAACUGCUUUAAAAGCAAAAUCAGGUGUUAGAACCCCUUUAGCUGGGGUAUUUGCUGGUAUAUUAGUAAUACUGGCAUUAUUUUUCUUGACUGAGGCUUUUUAUUAUAUUCCUGAUGCUGUUUUAGCAGCCAUCAUCAUACAUGCAGUACUUACACUUUUGGUGAUAUUAGUACGUUUAGCAAGAGCAAAAUAUGAAAUAUUGGGAAAAAUCAAAUUAGCAACAAUUCAACCACCUGAUGGAGUAUUAAUAUUUAGAUUGGAUGAAUCAUUGACCUAUCCAAAUGCUUCAUACAUUGAUGAUCAAAUUGUAAAAUACUGCAAGAAGAACACUCAAAGAGUUUACCAGCCACCACUAAAAAAAGGUGAUCGGCCAUGGAAUGAUUUUACAGUUUACGGUGAUGCCAGUAAAGAAGAGGAGGUAGAAAAUUCAAAAAAACCAAUUCUGAAUGCUAUAGUAUUUGAUUUUAUCGCAGUCGGUUCCUUGGAUUCAACUGGACUACAAUUUUUAAUUGAUAUGAAAAAGGAGUUGAACAAGUAUUCUGGACAUCAUGUAGAAUAUCAUUUUGCCAAUGUUAUCAGUACUAGUAUUAAAAAUAGUUUAAUUGUCGGUGGGUUUGGAACUUUAGAAGGUGAAAGUGGGCAUGUUACGGAAGGUGAUGUUGUAGAACAAAUUGCAUUAAGUCAUAAUGAUACAAUCAAUGAAAAUAAAUGUAAAAAUUCAAAUUUUAAGAUUACAUUUUAA